AUGUGUUUCCUUCUCACGCUUCCAGCAGCGGCCUGGCCGCGACGUCCAGCUGCGGGGCCGAGCGUCCAGCUGUGGGGCCGCGACGUCCAGCAGCGGCGGAGCCGAGCGUCCAGCUGCGGGGCCGCGACGUCCAGCUGUGGGGCCGCAACGUCCAGCUGCGGGGCCGCGACGUCCAGCAGCGGCGGAGCCGAGCAUCCAGCUGCGGGGCCACGACGUCCAGCUGCGGGGCCACGACGUCCAGCUGUGGGGCCGCGACGUCCAGCUGCGGGGCCGCGACGUCCAGCAGCGGCCGAGCCGAGCAUCCAGCUGCGGGGCCGCGACGUCCAGCUGCGGGGCCACGACGUCCAGCUGUGGGGCCGCGACGUCCAGCUGCGGGGCCGCGACGUCCAGCAGCGGCCGAGCCGAGCGUCCAGCUGCGGGGCCGCGACGUCCAGCUGUGGGGCCGCGACGUCCAGCUAUGGGGCCGCGACGUCCAGCUGCGGGGCCGCGACGUCCAGCAGCGGCGGAGCCGAGCAUCCAGCUGCGGGGCCACGACGUCCAGCUGCGGGGCCGCGACGUCCAGCAGCGGCCGAGCCGAGCGUCCAGCUGCGGGGCCGCGACGUCCAGCAGCGGCCGAGCCGAGCGUCCAGCUGCGGGGCCGCGACGUCCAGCAGCGGCCGAGCCGAGCGUCCAGCUGCGGGGCCGCGACGUCCCGCAGCCCAGGCGGUGCCACGUCCGCAGACUGACCCCGCGUCAGCCCCGGCCCGCCUGGCCCCGAGUCCAUGA